AUGAUGGCCCCACCGAUUAUUCUCCUGAAGGAUGGGACCGAAAACAAGCAAGGAAAAAAUCAGAUCAUCUCAAACAUCAACGCUUGUUGUGUAGUGGCCGAUGCAAUUCGAACAACCCUCGGGCCUCGAGGAUUGGAUAAAUUGAUUGUUAAUAGCAAAGGAGAAACUACAAUCUCAAAUGAUGGGGCUACAAUUUUGAAACUUCUCGAUAUUGUCUAUCCGGCUGCCUCCGUAAUGGUCGACAUCGCCAAAUCGCAAGACUGUGAAGUUGGUGACGGAACCACUUCAGUUGUUGUGUUGGCUGCUGAAAUGAUGAAGCGAGCAAAACCGUUUGUUGAAGAUGGUGUUCACCCUCAAUUACUUAUUCGCGCUUUCAGCAAGGCAUGCGAAGCGGCGAUCUCAAAGCUUAAUGAGCUGGCAGUAAAAAUUGACGGCCCUGAAGCAUUGCGAGAAAUGUUGGUGAAAUGCGCGGCAACGACACUCUCGAGCAAAUUGGUUUCACAAGAACGUGACUUCUUUUCUGAAAUGGUGGUGGACGCGGUCAACAUUUUGGCCGAAGAUCUGCCGUUAAAAAUGAUCGGAAUUAAGAAAGUUAGCGGCGGAAGCAUGAUGGAGUCGUGUUUGGUUCGUGGAGUCGCUUUUCAAAAGGCUUUCAGUUAUGCUGGUUUUGAAAUGCAACCCAAACACUAUAAGGAUCCGCUCGUUGCAUUGCUAAACAUUGAGCUCGAAUUGAAAGCUGAAAAGGAUAACGCUGAAAUGAGAAUCAAGGAUGUGAAGGAUUAUCAAGCCGUUGUCGACGCCGAAUGGAAUAUUUUGUACGAGAAGCUUCAAAAAAUUCAUGACAGUGGUGCCAAGAUUGUACUCAGCAAGCUGCCAAUCGGCGAUGUUGCUACACAAUGGUUUGCUGAUAGGGAUAUGUUCUGCGCUGGUCGUAUUCCACAAGACGAUCUUGAGCGAUUGAUGGCUGCUUGCGGCGGAACUGUCCUUACAACUGUGUCACAAAUUGAUGCAUCUGUGCUCGGAAAAUGUGAAACAUUUUAUGAAAAACAAGUUGGAUCAGAGAGGUACAACUUCUUUGAAGGAUGUUCAAAAGCCCAAGCCUGCACACUACUUUUGCGCGGAGGAGCCGAUCAAUUUAUUGCCGAGACUGAACGCUCAUUGCAUGACGCCAUUAUGAUUGUUAGGCGUGCCAAAAAGAAUGAUUCCAUUGUAGCUGGGGGUGGCGCUAUCGAAAUGGAGCUUUCGACUUAUCUUCGAAACAAGGCCAAAGAAAUCACCGGCAAAGAGCAGUUUUUCUGGAUGGCUUAUGCCCGAUCUUUUGAGAUCAUUCCGCAACAGCUAUGCUACAAUGCUGGAUUGGAUGCAAUUGAUAUGCUCAAUAAGUUGAGACAUCGCCAUGCUAAAGAUGGCAAGUGGGCUGGUAUCAACAUUCAUGAGGAAAAAGUUAUGGAUAAUUAUGAAGCUUGUGUCUGGGAGCCAAGUCUUGUCAAGAAGAAUGCAAUUAUUGCGGCUACUGAAGCCGUAUGCCUGGUGCUUUCAAUUGAUCAGACAGUAAAGAAUCCACGAGCUCCAUCGGGAGGAACUAUGCCAGGAUUGCCACAACAGAUG